ACAACCCAAAAGUAUUUAUUUUUUCUUUUAUUCGGACCAGACUUUGAAGAAAGUGGGUGGCAAAAAUCCCCAAUUUAUUUUGUUUUUGUUUGGGGUUCUAGGGUUCGUAACAACAGCAAAAACUUUUAAUUUUAAUAGGGAUUUUUGCCUAAUUCUUCAAUACAUACAGAAGGCCACAUCACAGCACCAAUAAUUUUUUUAUAUUCCAGAAUUACCCUUAUCCUAACCGUGUCUGAACUUGGAUUUUCUCUUCCUGUUUUUACCUUUUUCUCCAAAAAAAUUCAUCCUAAUUUGAUCCGUAUUCAUUAGUUUUCUGUUUGAUGUUUUUUGCAAAUUAAUGGGUUUUUUCUGAUUUGGGAUUUUCUGGAAUUUUUCUGGGUAGAAUCUCCUGAAUAGAGGGGUUAGGGUUAGAUCUGACAGUUCCGUGUCAAUCUCUUUUUCCUGAUAAAUAAUAUAAACUAUUAUAUAUUUUUUAUCUGGGAAUUUACUGGGACUGAAGUUUUUUUUUUCUGGGUAUAACAAAUUCUGUAUUGAUUUAUCAAAAUCAGGGUUGUGGUCAAUGCAGUGUUUCAGCAGCUUGGCUUGGUCAACCUGAUAUUCAGAUACUUUAGAUCAAGAUUAUCUAUUAUGGGGACAGAACUUCUUAGAGCUUGUUUGAAGGAAGAGGAUCUUGAUUUUCUGGCAGUCCCACCUGGUUUUGAGUCUUUCAAGGCGAAGAAGGUGCAAAAUGCUGACAGUGAACCCUGCUGCUCGGUUUCUUCAAAUCUCUCUCAACAAGAAUCUGUUAAUGUAAACUCUGAACCUGGAAUUGGUGGUGGGGGAAAGAUUUCAAGAUCCCUGAGGCAUAGACCGUCUAUGAAUUAUGGUCGAUACAAUCAAUGUUCUGAUGAAGAGUCUGAUUGUGAGAAGCUUGAUCAGAACUUUCCUACAAAGCCUGGCCUCCCAAAAGGAGUCAUCCGUGGUUGCACUGAGUGUCAAAACUGUCAAAAGGUUAUUGCAAGAUGGCAUCCUGAAGCUGCAUGUAGGGCUGACCUAGAGGAGGUGCCUGUAUUUUACCCAAGUGAAGAGGAAUUUAAAGAUACAAUAAGGUAUAUCGAAAAGAUACGCCCACAAGCUGAAUUAUAUGGAAUUUGUCGUAUUAUUCCUCCUCCAUUGUGGAAACCUCCCUGUCCUCUUAAAGAAAAAGAUAUAUGGGAACACGCCAAGUUUGUGACCCGUGUACAGAGAGUUGACAAACUGCAGAAUCGUAAUGCGUCAAGAAAACAGUCUAAGGUUCAUAGUCAUUCCAGGAAGAAAAGGAGAAGAUGUGGAAGAAUGGAUGUUGAAUUCGGGUCUGGUAACGGAAAGACCUCGGAGCCAGGAGAAGCUGAAUUUGGUUUUGAACCUGGCCCUGAAUUCACUCUAGAUGAAUUUCAGAGAUAUGCUGACACUUUUAAGGUCCAGUAUUUCAGGAGUGAAAACUGUACAGAUUCAGGUGUUGAAAACUGGGAGCCAUCAGUCGAUAAUAUAGAGGGUGAAUAUUGGCGAGUGGUUGAGAAGCCUACUAAGGAAAUUGAGGUUCUCUAUGGGGCAGAUCUGGAAACUGGAGUUUUCGGUAGUGGCUUUCCGAAAUUCUCUGAUCAAGGUUGUUCGACCUCUGACGAGGAUUAUGUGAAAUCAGGAUGGAACUUGAACAAUUUACCUAGGCUUGCUGGUUCCGUCCUUUCCUAUGAAAAUGCAGAUAUAUCAGGUGUUCAAGUGCCAUGGUUGUACGUUGGAAUGUGCUUUUCUUCAUUUUGUUGGCAUGUCGAAGAUCAUCAUUUGUAUUCUCUGAAUUACAUGCAUUUUGGGGCUCCAAAAUUGUGGUAUGGUGUCCCCGGGAGUGAUGCCAUUAAGCUGGAGGAAGUGAUGAAGAAACGUUUGCCUGAUCUGUUUGAUGAGCAGCCUGACCUCCUCCAUAAACUGGUUACCCAACUUUCUCCAUCCAUCUUAAAAUCUGCAGGGGUGCCUGUCUAUCGAUGUGUGCAAAAUGCAGGAGAGUUUGUCUUGACUUUUCCUCGGGCAUAUCAUGCUGGGUUCAAUUCUGGGUUCAACUGUGCAGAGGCAGUGAAUGUAGCUCCUGUUGAUUGGCUUCCUCAUGGACAGAAUGCUGUGGAGCUUUAUCGUGAGCAGGGACGUAAAACAACUAUUUCUCAUGAUAAAUUGUUGCUUGGGGCAGCUAGAGAAGCAGUAAAAGCUAACUGGGAACUUAGUUUGCUUCGGAAGAAUACCAUGGAUAAUUUAAGAUGGAAGGAUGUCUGUGGAAGGGAUGGUAUCUUAGCCAAAUCUCUAAGGGCACGUGUCGAUACAGAGAAUGUGAGGAGGGAAUUUCUUUGCAAGUUUUCGAAGGCACUGAAGAUGGAGAAUAGUUUUGAUGCCACCACUGAGAGGGAAUGCAGUAUAUGUUUUUUUGAUUUGCACCUGUCUGCUGCUGGUUGUCGUUGUUCCCCAGAUAGGUUUGCAUGUUUGAAUCAUGCAAAACAAUUGUGCUCGUGUGCUUGGGAUGGAAAAUUUUUCCUCUUCCGUUAUGAUGUUUCAGAGUUGAAUCUCUUGGCUGAUGCUCUAGAAGGAAAAUUGAGUGCCAUAUACAGAUGGGCCAGACUUGAUCUUGGACUUGCCUUAAGUUCUUGCAUAUCCAAAGAUAAUGGACAACUUACAGGGCUUAGUGGUGCAGUUUCAGAGCAACCUGGUGAAAACAUUAUAUGCAAGACAAACUCACAACCUAUAGUAACUUUGAAAAAUAAUGAAGUCAUUGCCAAAACCCCAGCUGUUUUGGCUUCAAGUGUUGGAAAGAUGUCUCUGGUUGAAAAGGGGAAGUUCCCUGAUGCUGUACUGGCCCUAGAAGCAACAAAAGUCGCUCCCAUUAAAUUGUCACGCCAAAGUAAGCGAAAAAGUGACAAGCAGCAGAUUGGCAAAGAUGGAGAGGAAGUCCCAAAUAAGAGGUUCACUGGAAUGGAACCUCAGCUGAAGUUGUCUUCACAUGGGCCAGAAGAUCUGAUAUGCCUUAGUGAUGACGAGGAUGAGCAAUCUAAUAAAACAUAUAUUGAUGCAAAUAAGGGAACAAUUGGCCAGGACAGUCCUAAUGUUCCUGAGAUUAUAGAGGGUUCUGAUCAUAAGCUGAAUCUUUGUGAUCUAGCUAAUGCAGCGUUGGCUGCUGAAGCCAAUUUAAAUUUGAUCUCCGAUGGGCAUAAAGAUGACUGUAUGUCUUGUUCAACAUCUCCUAAAGAAGAAACUAAUGUAAAAUGUGAAACAGUUGCAGUGUCUGAUGAACAUAAUCUUUCCUGUCAUCAAGGUUCUAUAGGUUCCAGUAUUGAGAAAAAGGACCCAGAUGCCUCUACUCCAGAUAGCUUUCUUCAAAAUGCAGCAUGUGUUCCCAAUGUGGGAUGUGGCAUUAAGUUUAGGGAUGAAAGUGUUGUGCAGAGAGUUCUUGAUGACGCAAGAAUUCUUCCAGGGAGCCCAUCUUGUAGUCAGAGCAGCGUUGACAAAUAUCCUCGCCAGAAAGGUCCACGCAUUGCAAAAGUUGUGCGGAGAAUCAACUGCAAUGUUGAGCUGUUAGAAUUUGGGGUUGUGAUUCCUGGAAAUCUAUGGAGCACCAGCAGGGCCAUCUUCCCGAAAGGGUUUAAAAGUCGAGUCAGAUAUAUAAACAUCUCAGAUCCCACAAAUAUGUGCAACUAUAUCUCUCGAAUUUUGGAUGGAGGACUAAAUGGACCACUUUUCAUGGUCUUCUUAGAGCACUGUCCAAGUGAAGUAUUUGUCCAGACAUUACCUACCAGAAGCUGGGAAUUGGUUCGUGAAAGAGUUAAUCAAGAGAUAACUAAGCAACACAAGCUGGGGAAAACAAAGCUUCCCCCUCUGCAGCCACCUGGCAGCUUGGAUGGAUUUGAAAUGUUUGGUUUCACCUCCCCGGCUAUUGUCCAGGUUGUUGAAGCAUUGGACAAAAACCGCAUAUGUGCAGAGUAUUGGAACUCUCGGCCCUUUGCACAGAUUUCACAGUGUUUUGUAUCAAACCUAAACCCUGGUGGUAGGUCGGAAGAAGCAAAUGUAAGAGGAUCUGACAAGAUACUGAGGGGACUAUUCAAGAAGGCAAACCCCGAAGAAUUGCAUUCACUACGUGAAAUUUUGGGUAAUGACCAAAGUCAUGUGACUCGUGUUUUGAAUGAGGAGAUUGAGAACCGAUCGAGGUAGUAUAGCAUCCAGUCUCAAGGGGAUAUAAUAUAAUGGCAGAUGAACCUUGAGACUGGAGGUCGUCUGUUAGAUUGAUUUUGUACAUUCUUAGUAGAGUUAUAUUUUACCUAGUUUUUUUUUUUUUUUUUUAUUUAAUUGUCGACAAUAAUAUACUAGUAACAGGAGAAGCUGGAAACUUAUCCUUUGGAUACCUCAUUUUUCUUUCCAGGCUUCUUAGAGAGAGAUUUGGUGGGUAACUACUACCUUUUUUUUUCUUCUUUUUUCUUCAACUUACUGUUAGGAUCCCAUUUUAGUGCAUAGAAUAAUUUUAAUGGAGA